UUUCCAAUGGAAUUUGUUGACAGUUCUGAAUUAUAUUUACUAUGCUGAGCAAUUUGUACAAUUUUACAUUGUUUUCGCGAAAAUCGUAUCUUAAAUGAAUGUAUUAUUGAAUCUUUACCAAAUAAAAGAAAGUGUUUUUAAAGAAUGAGUAAUUUUUCGGGAAUCUUCGAUGACGUGAGGCUAAUAGAAUUGGUUGAAAACCAUGAAAUAAUUUACAACAAACAUGGUGCUGUAUUUCAAGGUACAGAGAAUAAAAGGGAUUCUUGGAUUAAAAUCGCAGAGGAUAUGGGCAUGACUGCAGAGGAAUGCAUCAAAAGGUGGACAUGUCUGAGGGAACGUUAUACCAGAGAGCUCAAACAAGUUGAAACUAACCCCAACUUCGUAGUAGGAUGGCCUUUAUUUGGGCCACUUUCGUUUUUAAGGAAAUUCAUAAAACAAAGGCCAGCGCGAACAGUAAUAGAAGAAGUGGACGAGGAGUUGCUAAUCAAAUUGGUACGUAAUCAUGAUGUACUUUACAGCAACAAAGGGAUUAAAUAUUCUAACCUGAAGGCAAAAUCCUGGUUAGAAAUAUCCGAACAAAUGGGUGUAAGCGUUGAAGCAUGUUACAACAGAUGGAAAAGCUUGCGAGAGCGUUAUACCAGAGAAAUAAAGCGUGAUGCCAGUUUAUCUGUUCAAUGGCCUUUAUUUAACUCUCUAUCCUUUUUAAGAGAUUCCAUAAAGCUACGACCUUAUCGUUGCACAAAGAAUUCUCUGAAAGAUUCAAAUAUGGUUGCGAUAAAAAGCAAAAGACUAAAACAUGACUGUGCAGAAGCUAAUGAAUCUUUAGGUACAUGUUACUCUCCACCUUUAGUUUGCAAAAAGGAAUUUCUCAUAGAUCCUUUGUCAUUGCCAGCGGAUAAUGAUCUAUUUGGUCAAAGAAUUGAAGACAGCAGAGAAAAGACGGUUGUGUCAAAUGGAAAUGAGGAGAAGUUCUUUAGUUCAACCCAAGAUUGCAGCGAGAACAUGACGAAUGAUUCAAUAAAUUUAUUUGGUAAAACUGUUGCUGCAAUUAUAUCAGAAAUGAGUGAAGCCAAGCAAGCCAAAGCUAUGCGUGUAUUGUUCAAUGCUUUAAUAACAAUUAAAACUGAACCAGAGGAAUCAUAAGGUAAUAUUUGAAGGUGUAAUUGUAUACAUUCUGCAUAGUAUUGAAUUCCUUAGAUUAUAUAAAUCUAAACUGAACACAAAAGUGAGAUAUAAGCAACACAUAUGUAAGAGUUAAGUAAUUGCUGUAAGCCAAAAAUUGUUUUUAAAUAGCAAUAAUUUUACUUUUGAGUAAAUAAGCAUAUUUUUUGUUUGACACAAAAUAUGUAUGUAAAAAUAACAGAAUAAUAAAAAUGUACAAAAUAUGUAUGUAACAAAUAUACAUACUUGUUUAAAAACUGA